AAAACCUAUCGCGGCACAAAUUUACUGCAACUCUUUCCCACGAUCUCGGACAAGCAAGCUAGCAACGAGUGCCGACCAAGUUGCCCAACAUGUCUCUCGUAUCGGGCGAGAAGAGCAACUUCAACCACAUUCUGCGUCUGCUCAACACCAACGUUGACGGCAAGCAGAAGGUCGUCUACUCCUUGACUAAGAUCAAGGGUGUUGGUCGUCGUUACUCCAACCUUGUGUGCAAGAAGGCCGAUGUCGACCUGAACAAGCGCGCCGGUGAGCUCACCUCUGAGGAGCUUGAGCGCCUGGUCACCAUCAUCCAGAACCCCACCGCCUACAAGAUCCCCUCGUGGUUCCUCAACAGGCAGCGUGACAUUGUCGAUGGCAAGGACUCGCAGAUCCUCGCCAACGGUGUCGACUCCAAGCUCCGUGAUGACCUUGAGCGCUUGAAGAAGAUCCGCGCCCACCGCGGUCUCCGUCACUACUGGGGCCUCCGUGUGCGUGGCCAGCACACCAAGACGACCGGCCGCCGCGGCCGGACCGUCGGUGUGUCCAAGAAGAAGGGUGGUUAAGUGGGUUUCUCUGGCGUGCGGAUUCUUUGACACUGCUGUGCUUGGCUUUCUGGCGGUGUUAUCCCAAGGCUAAGGGGUGGUCAUGGACGGGACGGGUUGAUUUUUAUUACCUUGCGAAUAUCUCGGCAAUUCGUUGGGGAGCUCGCGGGGUCGCUAAAGGGAACCACCAUGAUUCACAGCAUGACAAUACAGGCGCGGACAUGAAAAGGAAUGAUUUGUGACAAAU